CACACGGAUCGAUCACUUCCAUUCCACCUGAGACCAGCGCACGAGUGGCCAAACCCCAGGCCAGCAGCCAUGCAGCUUAGCUUUCUCCCCCAUCUUGCCAUGUGCCUCGCGAUAGCCUUCCUGCUGCCGUCCCACGCCGCGGCGACGGCGCCGCCGGCGGGCACGAUCCAGCGCGUGACCAAGCAGCAGAUCCUGGCGAGCAUCCCGCCGCACUGGGACGAGAACCCCGUGCUGUUCCUGACCUCGCCGUCGGGCAAGUACGCGGCCUACUUCAUGCGCAGCCAGACCGCCUCCGGCGCCGGCGGCCUCGGCGCCGACUUCUGCUACGUGGAGGUGCUGGACACGGCGGCGCCCGGCGCGGAGGGCCGGAGCGUGUGGGAGUCGGAGUGCCUGGCCGUGAGCACGGUGAACACGUGCGCGCUCGUCUUCUCGUGGAACGGGCUGGAGGUGUUCGACGGGAGCACCUCGGUGUGGCACACCCACGACGCGAGCUCCGACGAGCACAACUUCCUGGAGACGCUGCAGCUGGUGGACCAGGGCGACAUGCGCAUCCUCGACAAGGGCGGGGAGCUGGCGUGGAAGGCCAGCGACGAGCCCCGCGCCGCGCAGCACUGCGGGAUGCCCGGAUCGCCCGGCCUGGCCUCCGCGCUGCCCCCGUUCGCCGAGCCGAUCGGGCACGGGAGCAGCGACCUGCCGUUCGGCGAUGGCAACGGCGUCGAGGGUGCCGGCGUGGCGCAGCCCGAGGCACCGCUGGGGCCUUUGCCGCAGCCCGAGCUGCCACUGGCGCCGUUGCCUCAGCCCGAGCUGCCACUCGCGCCGUUGCCGCAGGAAGCCGAUGAGUUCGGUGGCGCCGCCGCCGCGGGGCAGGGCCAGGCCGGGGCCGGCGUGGGGCAGGCGUUCGGGUUCGGCAACCAGCCGCUGGUGGACAACAGCCCGUACGACAGUGGGGCGCUGAAGCAUGGAUGCAGCCUCGUUGGGAUCUCGUUUGCUUUGGGUUUCAGCGUCGCCGUCGCCAUGGGUCUGGGUAUCUGAAUUGGAGACAAGCACGCGUGAAAGUGGUUGUGGUUUGCUAAAUUCUUCUAGUUUCCGGCACAAGCAGCCGGGAGACGUAUUCGUUGUGUGUUUGGGGUGGUGCUUUUGCUGAUGUGUUAGUGGGGUGUUGUUGUACACUUGAAAUUGCAAAUUGUUUAGCCAUAUGCAGCAAUCUAUCAGUGGUCUCAA